AUGAUUCUUAACUCCUCUAAUGAAGAUGGAAUUAAAAGAAUCCAAGAUGACUGUCCCAAGGCUGGCAGGCACAACUACAUUUUUGUCAUGAUCCCUACUCUCUACAGCAUAAUCUUCGUGGUGGGAAUAUUUGGAAACAGCUUGGUGGUGAUUGUCAUUUACUUUUACAUGAAGCUGAAGAAUGUGGCCAGCGUUUUUCUUCUGAAUCUUGCCCUGGCUGAUUUAUGCUUUUUAUUGACUUUGCCACUGUGGGCAGUCUAUACCGCUAUGGAAUAUCGCUGGCCCUUUGGCAAUCACCUAUGUAAGAUCGCUUCAGCCAGUGUCAGUUUCAACCUCUAUGCCAGUGUGUUCCUGCUCACCUGUCUCAGCAUUGAUCGCUACCUGGCCAUUGUCCACCCAAUGAAGUCUCGACUCCGCCGCACGAUGCUGGUGGCCAAAGUUACCUGCAUCAUCAUCUGGCUUCUGGCUGGCUUGGCCAGUUUGCCGGUAGUCAUUCACAGAAAUGUAUUUUUCAUUGAGAACACCAAUAUCACAGUUUGUGCUUUCCAUUAUGAAUCUCAGAAUUCAACACUCCCCAUUGGGCUGGGCCUGACCAAGAACAUUCUGGGAUUCCUGUUCCCUUUUCUGAUCAUUCUCACCAGCUAUACUCUAAUUUGGAAAGCCCUAAAGAAGGCUUAUGACAUUCAGAAGAACAAGCAGAGAAAUGACGACAUCUUUAGGAUAAUUAUGGCGAUCGUGCUUUUCUUUUUCUUUUCCUGGGUUCCCCAUCAAAUAUUCACUUUUCUGGAUGUGCUCAUUCAGCUGGGUGUCAUCCGCAACUGUAAAAUCGCUGACAUCGUGGAUACUGCCAUGCCUAUCACCAUCUGCAUAGCUUAUUUUAACAAUUGCCUGAAUCCUUUGUUUUAUGGCUUUCUGGGGAAAAAAUUUAAAAACUAUUUCCUUCAGCUUCUGAAAUAUAUUCCCCCAAAGGCCAAGUCCCAGUCAAGCCUGUCGACAAAAGUGAGCACUCUUUCCUACCGCCCUUCAGAUAACAUGAGCUCAUCAGUCAAGAAGCCUGCAUCUUGUUUUGAGGUAGAGUGAAGGGUUCAAAGCCUGCUAGUGAAGUGGUGCCCUGAGAGAAGAAGCCAGAGCAGCAUUUGGUUAGACAGCUCACUACAAAAGGAAUCUCCAGCUCUUUCAACAUUAAAGCAGAUAAGUACAGAUUUGGUGGACUGUACAUGUUCUCUGAAGUGCUAAACAAAAUCUUUCUUUCCCUUUAAGACAAAUAGGAGCGAAACUACUGUUCACCACCUUUCUCAUCGACUGGAUAAUAACUGCUCUAAGGACAUUUCAGAAACUAAGUGACUAUUGAUUUUGAAAAAACAUGUGUUGGCAGAAAAGCAAUGUUUCCUGUCUCCCCUCAUUCUGUUACUUUUGAUUUCCACAUAAAAGUUUUUAGAAUAUGUUAAAUCUGUAGACAGACAAAAAGGAGAUGGGAGUUCAGUAGUUCCAAGGGACAGAAAAACUUUCCAUCUACUAAAGACUAUGACAUCAUUGUUCCUAAGAUUUGUUAGGCCGUAGUCACCAAG